AACGAAGACUUUGCUUACGCGAUGACUCCGCUAAAGAUCCUCGCGUGGCCCGUGGGCACCUGGCCUCUGCAGAAGCACAGCGUCUCUUCGGUCUUGCGCUCCGUUAUCUCCAUUUGUCUUUUGUUAGUAAUGAUGACCAUCAUACAGACGGAGAUAUAUUUGGAUCACAGACACGCCGAGAAGAACCUGGACGGUCUGAUGAUGGUCGGUUGCAGCAUCAUGGCGAUAUCGAAAGUGAUGUGGUUCCGGCUUCGCUCCGAAGGCCUGACCGCCAACUUCUCCUCGGCAUUGAAAGACUACGACGAGCUCGACGGAGAAGAGAAACGAGCGAUCAUGAGGAGGCACGCUUACAUGGGGCGAGUGGCGUGCGCCAGCGUGAUCGGUUUUUCUUACUUCGGCUCCACUUUGUACGUGUCAGUCUCGAUGCUGGGCGAAGACGCAGAGGCUGCGAACGAAGACGUGAACGUCACGCUGGAGGAACCCGUGAACUACCCUUUCCCUUCGCAAUGUACCAUGGAGAUGCUGCAAGUGCCUAAAAGAUUGAACCCUGUGAUCUUCAUCUUCGAGUACGUGAUGCUUCUGAUCACGAGCACUGGAAACCUAGGCAGCGAUUCCCUGUUUUUCGGUAUCAUGUUCCAUCUGUGUGGCCAAGCAGAGGUACUGAAGCUGGAGUUGACCAAACUCGUCAAAGAAAACCAGGACACAGCGAAUCGUUUCAACUCGUUGAUCGCGAGGCAUCACCACCUCCUGACGAUGUCCGACUAUCUCAACGACACCAUCGGUUCUAUCUUAGUCGUACAACUAUUCACGAGCUGCAUUCUCAUCUGCACGACCGGGUUUGCGUUCAUCCUGUCUCUGAACGUCGACAUAGUCUUGACGAUAAAAACGUUACUGUCUGCGAGCACGCUGUUGUCGCAAUUGUACGCGUACAGCUACGUAGGCGAUUACUUGAAGACACAAAUGGAAGACAUAGGAUUCUCCAUUUACUCCAGCAGCUGGUACGACUUGCCGAGCAGAUUGUCGAGGGACGUCGUCUUCGUCGUGAUGAGAACCCAGGAACCAACCUGUCUACGAGCUGGGAACUUCUUCGUCGUCAACAUGGAGAGUUACAUGAGCAUCGUGAAGACCUCCAUGUCGUAUCUCUCGGUUUUGCGAGUGAUGCUAGCUCCUUGAGUUCUUACGCUCUCUGUUCCGUAUAUUCGAGACACUCGCUUGGCCAAACUUCGUCUGAGACAGGUAACAUAAACGCGGACGCGUGUGUAUCGAAUAAAGAUGUUUGUUACGUACCAUAAUUUAGAAUAAAAUCUCGCGCGGUGCACCUACGCUGCAGGGCUGUAGAAACUUUGUAUUGUGCCGUGGAUGCAAAUAAAUAGACUAAGCUCUCCUUCGCAAAAUCUGUGUAUCGUUA